GUUUAGUUUUGAGGGUCACCAUGCCAUGGCAUGGUCCGGCGGCACGGGGCCCCCGGACCAUACCGUGGCACGGUCCGGCGUCGUGGAGUCGCUGAAACACACCAGGGCAUGGUCCGGCGUCGUGGAGUCCCCAGACCAUACCAUGGCAUCGUCCAGCGUCCCCGAGCCGCCAAACCAUGCCACGGUAUGGUCCGACGUCCCCGAGCCGUCGGACCAUACCAUGGCAUGGUCCGGCGUCCCCGAGCCGCCGGACCAUGCCAUGGCAUGGCCCAGCGUCCCCGAGCCGCCGGACGAUACCACGGCAUGGUCCAGCGUCCCCGAGCCGCCGGACCAUACCACGGCACGGUCCGGCGUCCCCAAGCCGCCGGACCAUACCGUGACAUGGCCCGGAGUCCCCGGACCCUCAGGAAGGCACCGCGGCAUGCCCGUGCGCAGAAUGCGUCGGCGAAGACAUGGUGCGGUCCACCGUCCCGAAACGCCGUGCAGGAGCUAUGGUUCUUGCUGGCUCCUUCGGGACGCCGGGCCAGAGAAUCAAAAUGUUGCUCACGCAGGCAAAGAAUCAGUGCACGACCCUGAUGGGAUGGGCAUAGAGGAUGAUCCCCUCUUUCAAAUCCCGGACGACGCCCCCAAACAGCUUGCACCGUGUGAUAAUAUAUCAUAUGACAUGAAGGAGAUAAAAGGAGGAACUCACUUUCUAGAAACGAAGUACACAAAGUCAUAUGAAUACGAGUGGGGGCAUCACAUCGUAUGGCAUCCAGGUCUUUUCGAGCCUUGUGUGAUUAAUAGAAGAUGGCACAUGGCUAUCCGAAUGGGUGGGAGAUGGGUGUUCAGGGAAAGAGUCUUGAGGAGCAGGUUUUAUGAAAUCGCGAAGGACAACUUGUAUACCCGCGUGAGGCAGGCAAACAAAGAUGCGUUGGACGACAAAAUAUCAGAGAAAGUGAACUCGUUGUUCGAAUUCCUUUGUGAAAAUCACCUUCUCGAGUAUUGCGCUGCGUUCUACGACAAGAAAUCGAGUCCGUCGUAUGGAGCUGUCAUAUGGUCUUUGGACUACCGCGCAACGGACUGCAUGUACGACAGCGAUAUACUUGUGGGGUGCAGUCAAAGCCUUGAGGGACACAAGGGUGCAAGGAAAACGAACGAGUCAGCAGCAGCAGGAGGUGGUGGCAAGAGUGUGGCAGACAAGGAAGGGCAAUUCAGGAUGCAAAACACAAGGGGAGAUGAGGUCGUUGACCGACCAUCGAGCACACCGCAACCAACAUUUAGACCGUCAGAAGGCAUCAGUGCAGUAGGAGCCAGAAGUGAGACAACACCAAGAGAAGGAGGGGAAGAUGUUGCGCACGUGCAUGGCGAUCACGCGAAGGACGAAAAGAUUGAAGAGGACCAGCAACAAAAAGCAUCGCACGAAGAAGGGCAAAAAAUUGAGGCACAUCAGAGAGUGAAGGGGGUGGCAGGGUAUGUCGAUUGGCAUUCCAAACAAUCGCAUGGAAUACACCAUACGACUGUCAUCACUACACAGACGCAAGGCACCGACGAAGCCACCAGGGAGCAAAGUGCAAAUGAGAAAGAAGGGGGGGAAGGACAAGUGUUUAUGGAAUGCACUGGCCUAGGAACGCAAAUAGUUACGGAGUCAACAAUGGGAGAAAGGGGAGGUGAUGUGGAGGGUGUCAGUGCGGCAGAGCAUGAAAAGCUUCCAAGAACGACAAACAGGGAGGGGGGGGAGGAAAAGGAGAAUGAAGAGGAGGCGGACAAGAGUCAGAGUGUGAUUAACUUGGUGGACCACUCAGGUGAGAACGAAGAAACAGCUGACAAGGAAGAAGCGAAAGAGUCAAGAGAGGAGUCUCAAGAGAGAGAGCGUGAUUUGAGCGAAGCGAGUGAGGGAAUAUGCGGUAGAAAAAGAAAAGCAGGCAUGAAAAAAGAGGAAUGCACAAUGCGACGUUAAAAAAGAGCGAGGGAGAAAAAAGUAAAGUAGGACGUAUAGU